AUGGCGAAUGGUCUGUGCAAAAACACACAAAGACGAGUCCAACGGAUGCAUUUGUUUCUUCUCCUGGAGUACUUAAAGGAUGUUUAUUUUACCCAUUAUAAUUUCUUCCAGUACAUUCGACUUUCUUAUGAUAGCAAUUUGGAUCAGCUGUUGCACUUGAUGAUUAAAGAAUGGCAGAUGGAGUUGCCAAAACUAGUGAUCUCUGUUCAUGGAGGCUUUCAAAAUUUCAAGCUUCCCUCAAAGGUCAAGCAGAUUUUCAGCAAAGGAUUGGUGAAGGCUGCUGAGACUACAGGAGCAUGGAUAAUUACAGCAGGCAUCAACAGCGGAGUGUCCAGGCAUGUGGGGGAUGCACUGAAAGGCCGUGCCUCACCACACCUGAAAAAGAUCUGUGCUGUUGGGAUUCCUCCAUGGGGUGUCAUUGAGAACCAGAGGGAUCUCAUUGGAAAAGAUGUAGUUUGCCUGUACCAGACUCUUGGUAAUCCACUCAGCAAGCUAAGUACCCUCAACAGCAUGCAUUCUCAUUUUCUAAUGGCAGAUGAUGGGACAGUAGGCAAGUAUGGGAAUGAAAUGAUGCUAAGGAGAAAUUUGGAGAAGUACAUAUCACUUCAAAAAAUACACACAAGAAUGGGCCAAGGUGUACCCGUAGUUGGGUUGGUGGUGGAAGGAGGCCCCAGUGUGAUCCUAAUGGUGUGGGAGUACGUGAGAGCCAGCCCAGCUGUCCCUGUGGUGGUCUACGAGGGGACUGGCAGAGCUGCAGAUAUCCUGGCUUUUACCCACAAACACGUGGGUGACACGGG